UUUUAAGCACACCUCACAGUCUCACAUGUAGCCUUUUUUCAUAUAUUAGUGGUAUCAAAUAUAUACAUGAAAUACCAUCUCUAUCGAGUUCACACAAGUCUUAUGGAUGGCUGUGUCGACAUCAUACAACAUGGCACUCUUCCCAUUUAGGCAUUUAGCAGGUGUUCAGAGACUGUUUCCUCAUAGACGGAAAGUUCCCCUGCUGCUUGUUGUUGCUGCUGUGUUUUUGCUGCAACCACGUCUUACAGCUGCACACGCCCAAACAGAUUUCGAGCAUGAGGACCUCUCCACACUGCUGGAGGAAGAAUCCCUUUUUUCAAUGAAGAAACAAAGAAACGUCAGUUUGAAAAAGACGCGUGAUUUUCAAACUUUCGAAAAAGGUUCAGAUGUAGUCAGGUUCACAUCUCUAGAUCGGAAAUACAUAUCAGAGGUCGACCUGUUAUCAGAGGACGCUUUGAAUUCAGACCUACUCCCCUCGGAGUACAACCUGGAACACGAGCGGCACAAGAGAGAGGUAUACGAAUCCUCCGGAUCAGAAAACGAGUGUGAGUACUGCAAGGGCCCCUUUCAUGUGUGUACAGAUCUGACGACGGGCUACAACUGUACAUGUGAGGUCGGAUUCGUCCGAGAAGACCAGGAGUGCUACGCAGAUCUCUACAAACGGCGUGAUUAGUUUUGGGACGCGGUUUGGUUCGUACUCGCCAUCAUUACCCACCACAACCCAGAACAUCUUGUGUCCUUACUGGGCCGACAUUGACAUCACGUCCGACUAUAGCCCAAACACA